ACAGUAACCAUGACAACCACCGUGACGAGCUUACAUUAGUAAACUUCGAAGUAACGUUUACGACGAAGCUGUAAACUACAUAAAAGUCGUUUUAUUUUCCCUUGAGUGACAUUUCAGUAGGUUUUUACAACAAAAUGGACGUGUCUGUAAUCUUCCCUGCCGAAGCAGAAGGGUUUAUCCAAAGUCUGGAGACUUUCUCUCUAAAGGAGGUGGGCUCUGCGAGGUAAGAUGAAGCUAACGUUGGUGUAAACAUUGAACUGUUGAAAAGAUUCCUCUUGUUGGGUCGUCUGUUGUCUUGACCCAAGAACAAUAUCGCUGAAAUUAGUAACACCAGGUGAUUUUUACCUGAAAUAAUAUACCCAAGAAAAAGUACUUGUCAUCAAAAUAUAUCAAAAUAGGACAAUAAAUGACAAAUUAAAGUAGUUUGCUUUUAUGUUUAACCGUGUAAUGUCCAAAGGGAGGGAAAAAAAUAUAAAAAUGCAACAAAAUAACUGAAAUUAGGCAUUCAUGAACAAAAAAUUCCUAAUAUAUAUAUAAGUAUGUAUGUGAGUCUUUCCUUGUGGCGGCACAAGAACAGGCCUUGAGCACCAGAGCAAUAGAGGCCCAGAUCUACCAUACCAGGCAAGAUCCCAGGUGCAGGCUGUACAAAAGGGCCCUGAAACAGUUCAACACCUAACAGCAGGAUGUAAGAUGGCAAGAAAAGCAUACAUGGAACUCCAUAAACCAAGUAGCCGGUAUAGUGUACACAGGAACAUCUGUGCAGAAUAUGGACUGGAAACCCCGAGGUCAAAAUGGGAAGCACCUCCCAAGGUGAUAGAGAAUGACCGAGCCAAGAUCCUGUGGGGCUUCCAGAUACAGACCGACAAAAUGGUAAUGGCCAACCAACCAGACAUUGUAAUCGUAGACAAACAGCAGAGGAAAGCCGUCGUGGUAGAUGUCGCCAUCCCAAGCGAUACCAACAUCAGAAGGAAGGAACGUGAAAAACUAGAGAAGUGCCAAGGGCUCAAAGAGGAGAUAGAGAAAGCCUGGAAGGUGAGGGCAACAAUGGUGCCUGUGGUCAUUGGGGCACUCGGGGCAGUAACCCUCACACUGGAGAAGUGGCUCCAACAGAUCCCUGGGGAAACAACAGACAUCUCACUCCAGAAGAGUGCAGUCCAAGGAACAGCAAGGAUACUGCGCAGGACCCUCAAGCUCCCAGGCCUUUGGUAGAGGACCCGAGCUUGAAAAGACACAAUACCGCCCGAGAAUUGGUAACUUUUGGGUGGUUUGUGCACAAAUAGGAGACAUUUCCUGGUUUUAUUUUGAAACCAGAUACCAGGCAUGCGUGAAAGUUGUGUUCAUAGGUGCUUUGUCAUGAUUUCUCUGUUUCUCUGUGUUGACAGGUGGUUCAAGCAACACGAGUACAUUGAAAAACUUAACAUGCAGGCGAUACUGAAUGCAUCAGCCACGCACGACGAGUUUGUCAAGGACCUCCUGGUGUCCCAUGGAAAGGUAACUGUUGUGUUUUACAGAUGGCUGAACAAACAUGAACAGUGUCUUUACUCAGGUUAGGAAAGGUUACCUGAUUUAUACCAGAUUUCUUCUUUUCCCCUUUAGAUACCUGUUCUGGUCCAUGAAAUGAUCCUUGUUGAAGUGUGGAAACACAAAGUUUUCCCUGUCUUGUGUCAGUUGCAGGACUUUAAUCCCAAGAACACGUUUCAUCUUUACAUGGUGGUGAGUUUCAAACAAGCUGUAAAAUAAUUGUCGGCUGGCAGCACUUAUGACAUACUAUCUGUUCUUGAAUUCCUCAUUCUUAGAUCCACCAUGAGGCCACAAUCAUAAACCUGCUUGAAACUAUAAUGUUUCAUAAGGUCAGUAUAUACAGUCAGAGGAAACACUGAGUUUAUUUGUGUUACAUUACACACUCACUCAGCUGGGUUUAGCUCUGUGUGACAUUUUGAAUGACUCUCAUAUUUCUUGUAGGACUCUUGUGACGCAGCCGAUGACUCUGUUCUGGACUUGGUGGAUUACUGCCAUCGCAAACUCACCCUUCUCGCCAGCAAAGCGAUCCAGGAGGGGGCAACAACCCGUGGCAAUCACAACCUUUCAGAGCAAACAGCUGUGUCCUCUUUGGAGGUAUGGAAGUCUCAGAUUCAGGCUGCAAUAUUCGAACUAUAGCAGAGGACUCCUUUAACUUACACUGCUUUCCAUCUUUCCCCUUGGUGAAGGAGUUACAGACGCAGAGUGCUGAUCUGGAGUUCGAAAUCUCUCUGAAGGCUGUGUCUGUGCUGCGCUACGUCACUGAUCACACCGACAGGUAUAGAAAAUAAAAGAUAGAAAGUUUAUUAACCAUUUAGUUUUCGAAAAGGAACAGUUAUGAAAAUGCCUGUCACAUAUUUCAGAGCUGAGGUAAACAUCAUUCAACAGUUUUACAGUUUCAGUUUUAAAAACUGUGAAGCAGAAAUGAGGACUUGAGUCAUAUUUUUAUUAUUUUAUUUUAUUGAUCUUUUGGUCAGACACAUACAGAGAAAAACAUACACUUCUUAGUUAAAAAAAACACUGAAAUAUGCUGUCUUUUUUUCUCCUUUUUCAUAGUCUUUAACUUUACAAACAAGAACACACACUCUAAACACAAAUAUGAGUCUGCAGUCCAGCAAAAACAUACAAACAAGCCAGACUUACACCAAAAAAAAUAAUUAAUUAAUUAAUUAAUUAAUUGAAAAAUAAAGUAAAAUAAAAAAUAAAAAUAAUAAUUCACCCUAGGAAGUCUACAUAGUAUACAUGUAUACAGUGGAAUACAGUAUCCUGCAUUAAAAAAAUACAAAAAAGAAAUAUUACGCAGAGGUUGGCAGUGUCAAUCUUUCACAUCCCACAAUUGAGCAAGGAAUGGGCCCAUAUUUCAUUAAACAGAUCCUCCCAACCAGCCACUCUAUAAGAGAUCAAACUUGAGUCAUAUCCAACUUAACGUGACUUCAGACUUGACUGGGAUGUGUUUUUGGACUUGUGGGCGAUCUUUUUAUUUUGUAUUUUUAUCACACUUGACCUUAAGCAUCUGGUGCACAAGCUGACAGUGAUGUACCGGCACUAAAAUCAGCAUGUGGCCUGCAGCUGCUACAGUGCAGUGUUUCCCUGUUAUGGACAAUACCCAGGCAGGCCCCUUGAGUAUGUUUACCAACCUUUUUUUACUUGUUCUUUAUCUGUAGCCUAACAGACCAUCAUCAUCUGCAAUAAAGAAAUGAACAAUCUCCUCCGUCGAGUUUGUUGUUAAUAGUAUCUUAUAGAUCAGCACUGCAGGUGAUCAGAGAGAAAAGAGAGAUCUCUGCUUCUUAUGCAACGAUCGAGGUCAAGUUGUUAUUUUAGCUCUAACACUAACACUCCUCACACAGCUGUUUUUGCAGUUGCAGCUGGUUGCUACACUCCCAGUCAUAGAUUGUCAUCAACAACCGUUUUCAAUGCAAAGAUAACCUGUUAUGCUAACAGAUCAGUCUCUGGAACGAGUUGCCCUUGAGCAUUAGACAGGCCUCCUCGUUUCCUGUUUUUAAAUCCCUUUUAAAAACGCACUUUUAUUCCUUGGCUUUGAAUACAUUUUAGUGUUAUUUUGUUUGUUAUCAUCUUAGCACUUGCCAUGAGCCUGCUUAUUUAUAUAUUUAUUUACUUUUUGCAUUUAUGUAUUUUUGCUCGCUCUAUCUUGCUCUUUGCUUGUUUUAUUUGCUUUUAUGUCGCAAUGUACAGCACUUUGGCUACCCCCUGUGGUUCUUUUAAAUGUGCUAUAGAAAUAAAGUUGAUUGAUUGAUUGAUUGAAAAUGUGCACUGGCAUCCUAUUGAUCAGCAAUUUCAAACAAUAAGACAAUGACGGGCCUAAAGGAAAUGUAGGAAAUAGUUGUAAUAUUUAUGUACAACCUUUACUUCAUAUCUAAGGCUGAUUGGAGAACAAUACAUGUUUUUCUUUCUUUCUUUGCAGCAUUAGUGUUAUAAAUCGUUUGCUGUGCACUCACAACAUGCCGUGUGUCUUAGUUCAGCUGAUUGACUGCUGUCCCUGGAGCCGCCGCAGAGAAGGUACGGCUAAUCAUCACAGGUGUGCUUAUGAAGCAUGUCUUUGAAUGUUUGUAUGUAAAGCCGUAACAUGCAACUUUUCCCUCAAGGUGCUGUUGAGAAGUACAUAAACGGAAAGUGGCAGAAGACCCCGGCUGAAGACUGUUUGAAGAUGACCAAACUUGACGGUCAGGUUUGGAUUUCACUGUACAAUCUGUUACUGAAGGAGGACUGCCAGAGGAAGUAUGACUUCAACAGCUUUAACAAAAACCAGAUUCUGAAGGUAUACAGAGACGAACAACGGUCAAUGAUUUAUCAUGCUUUCAGUGUCUGCUGUGUAUUAUCUGUAAACUGAGGAGCAGGAAGUGUGUGAGCGCCAGAUCAUUGUCCCCGAAGUGGUUAAAACACAGAUUCAGUUUCCAAGAGUUGUUUUGACAAAGAUGUUUCCUUCCAUUAUAUCAUUUCUCAUCCUCUUCCUGUUUCAUUAAUUACAUAAACAGAGAUUGUUUUUAUCCUCCUGUUAUCACUCGUUUCAUGUGCAUUUAGUCUGUUUAACCACUGUAUAGAAUUAUGAUGAUCUCUGACAUAGUUAUUUUUGCUGCUGCCUUAUUUGUGGGUUUAUUGUUUCUGUGUCACAGCUUCGAGGUUUCCUGACAGAGGUGUUAAUAGAUCAGCUGCCAAACCUGGUGGAGCUGCAGCGUUACCUGGCUCAUCUUGCCGUGACAGACCCUGCUCCACCCAAAAAGGAGCUCAUCUUAGAACAAGUACACACCCACAUACAAAUAUAGCUUUUAGCGUUUUUAACACAAAUACCGUCAUGACAGUGUGUGUUUAAUUUCAGCUCUGAUUUAUGUUUAGAUCCCAGAGAUGUGGAACAGCAUUGUUAGAGAGAAUUCUGGGAAGUGGAAGGCCAUAGCAAAACAUCAAGUCAAAGAAACAUUCAACCCAUCAGAGAGUGACCUGAGGUUACAGGCACGGAGGUAACUAUGACAAACACAGGCCUGUGUAAUCAAAGCGAUAUGCCGGCGUAAAAUUGUGUGAGGGUCAAACACACUGAAACACAGAGUUAGACAUCCCCAAGAGAGAUGAAUGUUGUCGACCGUUUGCUUCUCUAGUUAUACCGACUUUUGUAACUACAGCACGAUAGCAGUACACAGCAGUCUGAGGAGCCAUAAACAAACCUCAACCAAAACGCCACUCUAUAGCCACAAAUAAUAAUUAAUAAUAAUUUCUUUAGCAAAGAGACUAAACACAACUCACCUACUCUCAUCCAGCAGCCGCUUGUUUGUAGCGAGACUUAAGGCCAAUCAAUUGCGCACUGCUGGGGGACGCUUGACGCAGCUCAAGGAAGAAAAUUUAUGAUCAUUUCUUCAUGGAAAUGCAAUCAGACCAAGAUGCUAAGGCAGAAGAACUACCGCGUCUGCAGUGCAAAAUGAUCAAUAUGGUGAUUAUUACUUCAAGGAAAUGAUAAAGAAAUGAUCAUAAAUGUUCUUCCUUGAGCUGCGUCACCCCGCAGCAGUCUGUAAUAGACUGUCCCGAGGUCUCGCUACAAACAAGCGGCUGCUGGAAGAGAGUCGGUGAGUUGUGUUUGAUCUCUUUGCUAAAGAAAUUAGUCAAAGUUAAAAAUAUGUGUGGUGGCUAGUGCUAUGGCUAGGACCCUAUAUGUACUGUUGAUGAAGUUAGGUGCUGUUCUGAGCAUUAUUUGUGGCUAUAGAGUGACGUUUUGGUUGAGUGGUGUAUUGCUAUCAUGUGGUCGUUACUAAAGUUGGUACAACUAGAGAAGCAAGCAGUCAGCAACAUUGGUCUCUCAAGGGGGUGUCUAACUCGGUGUUACGUUGUGUUCGACCCUAAAUUAAUUUUACGACAGAAUAUCCCUUAAAGGUAUAGAUUUAUGUGAUGUAAUGUUUUGUGUUGAGUGAUGUUUUUUUUUUCUCAAGGUUGGCCCAGACCUACAACCUGGACGUGAUGGAGAGUUUACUCCCUGAGAAGCCUAAGUGUGGAUCCUGUGGGAAAGAAGCUACAAAGAGAUGCUCCCGAUGUCAGGGAGAGUGGUACUGCCACAGGUGAGGCUUCAGCUGAUGUAGGUCAGCAAAAAUGCAGCUGCUGUCUCUUGUAGCAAAGGAAAGUCUUGAUUUGGGUGAAGACUUAAAGACAAGAAAGAAAGAAAUGAACGCCAGAAAAUCACAACUCAGACAUCGAGACAGAGCUUUGAGUUAAAAUGGACUGAUGGAUGAUGUGUAUGUUGAUACAUGGAUGAUUAGAUAGUGAGCUGGUGAGUGGAUGGAUAUGUUUCUGCUGAUGUAAAAUCUCAUCUUCAACUUAUUGUCAUGUUUUUUUUUGUUUCUUUUAGAGAAUGUCAAGUAAAGCACUGGCCUAAGCACAAGACAGCCUGUCAACUAAUAGCUGAGGCCACAGAGACGAUCCAGAGGGACUUAAAAAUUGACAGCUAAAGGAGGCAGGACGUGAAAAGAGAACAGAUCUGUCUCAUAUAUUUUAUACAGGAACAACUUUGUCUUACCACUGUACAAAACUUCAUUUCCUGUUUCACUGGAUUGUUUUUUCCUUUAUCUGUUCCCAUGAUCAUACUUUGGCACACUCUUAAUAAACUAAGUGUGGAGGCAGGUAUUUCCACAUUCUCCUCUGCUAAGAUUUCUUUCAUACCAUACAGUGGCUGUAAAUAAAAAGUUAUUGGCUGCC